ACAGCCUCAGCGUUGCCGGUGAUCGAGACAUCGAGUACUUGGCGCGGGGUCCUCAUCCCAUUACGAACGUGAUCUAGCCCCGCUCUUGUCUGUUGUCCACUGUGUCAAUUCGCGCGGUCUGAGGGCUGCAGGCUCCUCUUGACGGAUGUCUGACUACGAGUCGACGCGACAGCGGAUCAUCUCCUCUGUCUUCACGAAGCUCAAUGCGUCUGGCCAUCGGGAAGAGUAUGUAGCACACCUUAAGAUAUGGGAGGAGGAGGGAGAUGGUGCGAGGAAGUCGAGAUACAUCAUCUUGUCGCAGUCACCCGAUGGCGGAUCCAUUCAUAAGUCCAAGUCCAACCAGAAUGGCACCUUCUCUGUCGGAAAAACAUGGCGAGUCACAGAGCUCAGAGGCGUUGAAGUAAUCAAUCCCAUUAACUUCAAUAUCACCCUGGCGAGAGCCUAUCGAUGGCAGACGGAGAACCCGAAGGACCAGUUGAACUUCAUAGCGGCGCUGAUCCAGCUAUUUCACACCUCAACACAGGGUUCUUUACCACUCAACAUAAAGGGAUUCACUUUUCCGGCUGCCGGGGCUGCAUCGUCCACGCCAAGACCCCAGCCUCUCGACCUCAGCAAUGGCAGGCGAAUGGAGCGCGCUCCUACACCACCUAGUGGUAUUCCCUUACCACCUGCGUCACCUAGGAGACCUGUCGCGACCGAGCGCACGAACGGACAUGCGCGGAACAGUAGCCGUAGCGAACAUUUCGACGAAUUCCCUCUACCGGCAUCACAAACACCGCCGAGAGCACGCCGGUCAGCAACACCUGCCCAGGCGGAUUAUUCAGACACCUCCUCAACUCGACCUCCGCCGGUAGUUGGCGCUGAACGGCCUGGAACCCCUUCGCGCACACGCCCUGGAACACCCUCAUCACAAACUUCAACUAUCCCGCCUGCAUUACGAGCUGGCGCUCACGCAAGGAAAACGUCGAACGUCGCUUCCACGUCUAGUGCGGGGUCUUCCAUGCUGUUGGUUCCUGGUGCCGCACCCUACCGCUCUGCCACUCCCCCAGUUGCAAACGGUGCGUCAAAGCGGUCUGCCCCCCAGGCUCCUCCGAUCAGCAUACCUGUCAAAUAUAACGGGAAUUACUCAAACGGUUCGCUGAGCCCAUCACCGCUCUCGACAUAUCCUUCAACACCAGACAACCUUCCUGUGCCCUUGCCCGCCCAAGCUGCGCCCCUCCGAAAGAAGCCUUCGCGGGCUCCAACUAUGGAUCCUGACACAGGACAGCCGCGUCGCGAGCAGAACGCUCGUGUAUCCUUCUAUGAUCCUGCCAACCAAGCCUCGCUGAACCAGCUGCUGUCAGGCGAUGUUGUCAUGUACGAGUCCAUUGACGACGACGGCGAGAGCAGCCGCGUCAUGGAGGAUACGACGGCACAGGCCACACUGGACAGCAUGGAGGAAAUGUUGGAGGGCUAUGAGUGGGCAACUGACGACAUCAUGGGUAGAAGGUCGAUGACAGGCGCGGCUGACCGGAUGGAGGCACGACUACUGGAUGAGCUAAUGGCACUAGACAAGGCAAACAUACACUCGUUUAUCGAGUCUGACGACCGAGUGAACAUCGUUUUGAAGUUCCUCGACGAUUCAAUCUCAGAACUCGAUAACAUGGACAGUGUGAUAUCCUCGUAUAAGAUUCAUUUGAAUGCUGUCAACGAAGAUAUCGGCUACAUCCAGUCCCAGAAUCGCGGUCUACAGGUGCAGAUUCAGAAUCAACGAGCGCUCAUGGACGAGCUCGAAGAGCUUCUACAAACCGUCCAUGUGGACAAGGAAGCCCUGCUUGCGCUGACACAGGAAUCGCUAGAGAAGCCAGCGAGCAUCCAGCGACUGGAGGGUGCGGCGACUGAACUGUACAAAGCCCUACAAGCGAGCAAGGACCGCGACAUGGCGGCUACAUUUGAACGGCUCGAUGAAUACAGGACACACAAUUCACACUUCUGCAAGCGUGCUAAAAUACUGGUGGGCGAUACUGAUGGUGUGGUGAAAACUCCACAAGGCAGACCAUCCCUGAUGAACCACCGGACUAUGGAAAUCUAUCUCGGUCGGUACAGCGGCCUGCUACUGUAUCUCAAGGAUAUGGACGAGGGCGUGUACGCGAAGCUCUGUGCUGCCUAUUUCGCGGCCGCAAGCGGUCUCCAUAGCACACAAGAGACUGUGGACGACGACGCCGAAGGAUUCGGCGGGGUUACACCGACGACGACGACUGCGAAGGCUACAUCCGGUUUACGCAGAGCAGGAACGAUCGCACGAUCUCCUUUGGAAGGACGCAGAGGGAAGAAAGACCGAUUAGAUGGCGAUUUGACGGCGGCCGAUGCUUUGUCCCUUGUUCUUGAAGAGAUCGCAUCCGCCAUCUACCGUGAAGCAGACUUCAUCGCCGACUUCUUGCAGAUCAAUGAUGCAGGCCUCACGUUUGCUGACUACAUGGGUCUGGAGAACUAUUUCCGUCGGCAAGCUGCGAGAUUCGCUGGUCUCAGUCAAUCAACUCUCAAGCUCGUCCGCGGUGCCCUGGACUUGAUCUUUGGAUUCCUACCCACAGAGCUGAAGGUGUGGUUGGAUGGUGCCAUGAGCAAAGACAGUCUGCAAAUCGUAGGCAUCAUCGUGGCUUUGGAGAGGUUCUUGGGCGACGCCGAAGAGCGCGGGAAUACAUUCGUGCUCAACCUACUCGAGAAACAGCAUGUCCGUCUCAAAGGUCUUUUUGAACGCCGAGUGGGCGAGCAAAUCAAGACGAUAGAAGACAUGAAGCUCACGAGCAAGAAACGCAACGGAGUCGCCCCUUUCAUCAAAUAUUUCCCUAUCUACAUCGGGCGCGUCGAGACACAGCUUAUCGGUGCAGAUACUCUUGAGAUCCGCCAAACCGUGGAUCAGGCCUACGACAAGAUCGUGCAGUCUAUGUUCGAUGCGCUCAAGCAGAUGGCGAAGAUGGACGGAGAAGGGGAGGACAAGGGUCAGCUCAAUUACCAUGUCAUCCUCAUAGAGAACAUGCACUACUUCGUUGCCGAGGUCGCCCAGCUUCAACUAGGUUCUGUUGCGACGUUUUUGAAACGAGCAGAGGCUAUCUACGAAGAGAACUUGAACGCUUACGUGAAGAUUGUGCUGAGGCGGCCGUUCUUCAAACUCAUCGAUUACUUCGAAGGCAUCGAGCGGGUCCUCAAGACGACAGCACCGUCGGAGGUUCCUUCCAACAGCAGCUACUCCAAGUCAGCGCUGAAGAAGGUAGUCAAAGAAUACAACGCAAAGGACGUGCGGAAACACAUCGACUCUCUCUUCAAGAGAGUCGAGAAACACUUCACGGAAGCCUCAGAGAAGGCUACGUCGGAAGACGUCAGCACAGGGAUCGCCUCAGGGACUGUGAUGGUUGGCGUAUGGAAGGCGUGCGAAGACGAGUUGCUCAGGAUCACGGACUUGUUCGUGAAGAGGAUUGACCAAUGCUACAAGGACAUGAGCGUCGGUCUGGAGUACACUUCCGCCGAUGUUCAGGCUGCCUUUAAGAGACAUCGUGUGGCGGCUUAACUAUCUAUUUGAUGUAUUUAUGUGAGAUGUACCUGCUAGUGACGUAUUGAGCAAGUUGUGACUUCAAUGUCAAUCAGGACGCACGCCUUGGUUGUUGCUUGGUAGUGCGCUGUGAUACACUUACUUAUGUUGACUGUCAAUUGACUGUGCAUGCAAUGAAUAUUCGAAUUCCCAC